AUGGCGGUAACGCUGUCCACCGGUGACUCCCAUUAUUGGCCCAUCUACAGUAGAAACACCACCACAAGAAACAACCCUUAUGCAUCUCUUCCAUCUCUUUGGUUUCCUCGCUCUCUUCAUAUUCGGUGGAAUCCUCAUCUUCCUCCUAGGUGCAACUGUGACCGCCGCUGGGAUCGAUUUCAUUGCAUUUCUCCCCUUGAUCAUCCUCUCGGGUCCGAUCUGGAUUCCGGGAUUUGUCCUUGUUGGCUUGUGCUUAACCGUCACCUGGUUUCUUGUUGGAACAAUGAUUAUCUUAUCGUGAACGUAGUGUUAUUUCCGGGGAAUGCACCCGAACUGGAUCGGAUCAAAUGGAUUAUGGACGUGGACGUGGUCGGAUCUAUGACACGGCCUCCCACGUCAAAUAUUACGCUAGAGAGUACGGUGGAUAAUUCAAUGGUAGGGCUAAAGAUGCAGCCCUUGGUGCUUAAUCUGACCCGGUCGGUGUUGUCUGGUUGA